AUGUUGUCUUGGGAAAGCGCGGUACUGCAAGCGUUUAAUUCAGUGAUCAAAGUGUCGUCGUCAACGCAGACGGACGAUGUUGACGAAGUUGAGAUGAGUGCGAGUGGAGGUGCGACCACGAAUCUGAUCACAUUCGAUGUGCCUUCUGAGAAGACGUCCACUGCGGACGAAGACAGUGUGGCUCGCCUUGUUGGUUCAGUUGGAACCGAAUGCGUACCUGCCCCACAAAAGCCGACUACCUCAUGUCCACCUUAUCUUCUGAGUUUAAUGAUGAUGGAAGAUUGUUGGUUACGUACGAAAUCGGGUGUGACCGCAAUCGGUAGAUGUCAACGACAGCUAAACGAGCUGAUGGUUAUGCUAACGAAAGUGUGCACGUCGGUACCUCCGAGACGCCGAACUCCCGAGCCGACUGGCGUAUCGCCCGAUAAGAACUCGGUUCUUCUAGCCGAACAUCUUCUUAGCGGUUACAAAGUGGCUCUGGAGUCACCGCCCAGACUGAACGCAGUUUCGUCGAUUGUAUUGCCCUAUCUGAGUGGUUGGAUAACGAAUUUGUGUGCGAUUUUAAUUGAUGAUCGUCGAAUGCCGUAUCAUCUGAUGCUGUCAGCGUUCUAUCGCAGCGGUUGUCAUGCAUCGUUCAUGUCUCUGCUAGACAAACACAUCUCACUGCCAAUUCACGCUGAAUUCGCGCAAGAAGUCGAGCGUUUCUUGAAGAAUUGGCUAUCGCUAGCCGAGAAUCUGGUGAACGCUCAUGCCUUCAACCAUUCACCACACAAGUUGGCACGUUUGUGUGAUGAAGCAAAACGUUUCCCCGCCAACAAUUAUCUCAGCCUUCUUCAGCAGGAUGUGUUGAAACAAAUGCGUCUAUUAUUCGAUGUGUUGAUGGCAUCGUAUAGAAACGGCACUGCGAAUGUAACGCUCUGUGAGCUGACCAUCUCGUUGUAUAAACAACUCAUCAAAGGAAUCAUUAAUUCAAGUGAAACCACAAAAAGUUCCGUGAGUGCCGAGGAACGUAACAGAAGAGGAACCUUUUAG